GGAACCCUAAUUCUUAUCCUCCCCUCGGCCCCUUUCUCGGUUCGUGCCCGAUUUGUUCUAGGCUUUGCGGAGCAGCAGCUGAUCCAUGGCUGAUCGGAGCGCGGCUGCCGCGAAGCCCGUGUGGAUGAAGCAUGCGGAGGAGGCUAAGAUCAAGAGCGAGGCUGAGAAGACAGCCGCCGCUAAGGCCGCCUUCGAGGCCACCUUUAAAGCUCUCGAGAAGGCUAAGGACAAGGAGGAGACGGUUGGGGAGUCUGACGACAGCGAUGCGGACGAGCUGGAGGACCUCGCUUCGAAACCCGUCGGUCCGGUGGAUCCUUCCAAGUGCAACGCUGCCGGAGCGGGGAUCGCCGGAGGAACCGCCGGUUCUCCGUGCACCUUCACUGUCGUGACAAGGGAUUCCGACGGCAGUAAGAUCUCGACCGGAGGAGCCCAGCUAAAGGUAAAGAUAUCGCCUGGUGUUGGAGUCGGGGGCCCUGAUCAGGAGGGAAUAGUUAAGGAUCAGGGGGAUGGGACAUUCACCGUGACCUAUGCUGUUCAGAAGCGGGGCAACUACAUGGUUCAUGUUGAUUGCAACGGGAAUGCAAUCAUGGGAAGUCCAUUCCCGGUUUUCUUUAGUGCUGCCACUGGAAUUGGAGCCACUGCGUCCCCUUACCCCAACAUGGUCAAUCAGACAAUGCCCAACAUGCCAAACUAUGCUGGGUCAGUAUCUGGGGCAUUCCCAGGUCUGCUAGGCAUGACCACUGGUGUUUCAUCAGGGGCCUCUGGGGGAGUGGUCUUGCAGGGUAUUGGGGCAUCUCUGGGGGAGAUUUGCCGUGAAUAUAUGAAUGGUCGUUGCUCAAAGCUUGAUUGCAAGCUCAGUCACCCACCACAUAAUCUUCUUAUGACUGCAUUGGCGGCCACCUCAACAAUGGGGACAUUGAGUCAGGCACCUAUGGCUCCUUCUGCAGCUGCUAUGGCAGCUGCCCAAGCGAUUGUUGCUGCUCGAGCCCUUCAAGCCCAUGCUGUACAGAUGCAGUCCCAAUCUGCUGGCGAUUCUCCAGGUUCACCGGAUGAGGCUACUAAAGCUGCUAUAUUGAAGAAAACAAUACAAAUUAGUAAUCUUAGUCCACUUCUUACAGCAGAUCAUCUUAGACAGCUUUUUGGUUAUUGUGGAACUGUCGUUAAUUGUAACAUCACAGAAUCAAAGCACUUUGCUUAUAUAGAAUACUCUAAGGCAGAAGAGGCAACUGCAGCUGUGGCACUGAACAACAUGGAAGUAGGGGGGCGUCGACUUAAUGUUGAAAUGGCAAAGUCUCUUCCUUCAAAAUCUUCCCUUGCUAAUUCAUCACUGCCAUCAGUGAUGCAACAAGCAGUUGCUAUGCAACAGAUGCAAUUUCAACAGGCCUUAAUGAUGCAACAAGCAAUGGCCACGCAACAGGCUGCUGCUCGAGCAGCUACUAUGAAAUCUGCAACAGAGAUGGCAUCAGCAAGGGCGGCUGAGAUCAGUAAAAAGUUAAAAGAAGAAGGUCUAGUUAGUGAUGACCAGGAAGUCAGGAAGUCAAGAUCUCCAUCUGCUUCUCGAUCCAAGUCCCGAUCAAGGUCACCCAUCAAAUAUCGAAGAAGCAGGUAUUCUCGAUCUCCAUCUCCUCUAGUGAGGCGUUCCCGAGAACGAAGAUCAAGAUCACCACUAAGAUCACGCCAUUUGCGUCAGGAUGAAAGAGCAUACAGAGAUGCUGAUGAUCUUUAUAGAAGGAGAAGAGAAAGGGAUAGAUCCCGUGAUCAUUACUCUAGCUUAAGGAGAAAAAGAAGUAGGAGUUCAAGUCCUCGGUUGAGAAAAUCAUCUAGGGCUGAAUCUCGGUCACCUAAGCAUCAUAGAGAAGGUAGGAGUUCUAGGUCAAAGAGGUCACCACAAACUGAUUCAAGAUCACCCAGUCGCAGAGAAUCAAUUAGAUCAUUUCCAGCAAAUGCUCGAUCCUCCUAUCAUCGCAGUAGACAUUCUAGAUCUAGAUCCAUGGAGCGAAGACAUCAUUCUGAUGCGAAAGAAGAUACGAGAAAAUCAGAAAAGCUGAAACAAGACAAUAGGUCAGGAAGAGGCAAUGGAUCAUCAAGAAAUUCAAAAAGGACAAGAGACAACAAGGAAGAUAAGGCUGCUUUAUAUUUAGCUGCAAGUCCUAGCCGAAGGUCCAUUUCGCCCGAGGAUGAUACUUCAAAAGAAGAGAGGUAUACUAGUAAGCAUAAAAGUUCUAGGUCGAGUAAUAAAGAUUCUUCAAAAGCUGAAAUUUUGAGCACUGAUCAGAAGAUAGCCAUGGAGGACUCGGAGCUAAUCAGGGAUAAGAAAUCACCACAUUCUUCAACUCUGAAACAGCAUAGAAGGUUGGAACAUGAAGAAAACGAUAAGAAGGCUGAAACUGGAGAGUCAAGCAAAUCUGACAGUUCUAAAGCAGGUCACAUAAAACAUGACAAAAUUGACUCUGGUGUAAGAGAAAAGGAACCUCAAACUGUCGAUUCCAGGCACUCGAGGGACGGCAAUAACUCUUUACGACAUCAGAGUUCAAGAUCUCACAGAAGUUUGCUUGUGGGAGAUGGCUGCUUUGAGGCUACCAUAGACCAGAACAAAGUGGAACGGGAAGAAGAAGCAGAUGACAUUUAGUACAGUAGCUGAAGCUGUUUCCAGGAAAUCCCAAAUUUCAGAUGACAAACACAAGACUGACUACUACUCAGAAAUGCAGUCUAUUGCUCACAAUUCAAGCCCUCAGCCAACUGACUUUGACAACAAAUGACUGAAGUCUUCUACUGAGACAAGAGCUAUCUACAUAAUAGUUCUGGUGGAAUUAAGGAAGAUUCUAUUGUUAGUAAUGUGCCAUGUACUGGUGGAAUUAAGGAAGAUUCUAUUAUUAGUAAUGUGCCUGUACUGUAAGCCCAACAGAAGAGAUGGAUGGAAUUUCAAGUGUUGUAACAUUAUUCUCAAUUAUCAUCAUUUUAUCAUUUAUCAAAUAUAAUGAGCACCAUAAUUCUAA